UGCCGCUUCCUUUCGGAGCCCUGCUCGGGGAGUGGGGGGGGGUGUCUGGGGAGAGAAAGGAAAGAUUUGUGCCGGGGGGCGUCCCUUCUUCCUCACGGUGCUGUCUGUCUGUCUGUCUCGAAUGACAGCUAUGGCAGAUAAUCAUAAGGACAAUUGGGUAGCCCUGGUGGCUGCAGCAGAACAGUACCGGCGUCAAACAGGCAACGAAAUUGUUUUGCUCACAGCCUUCCGGGCACCACCCCCUGGCAACUACAGCUAUGCGCACCAUGGGAGUGGGGCUCUAGCAGAUGCCGUUCAACGCUACCUCGAAGAUAUUGCAGUGGUUCAUAAAACCACUGCCUUCACCUAUAUUGCCCGCCCUCCCUCAAACCCUCAUCCACUUCCCCCACUAGGAUCCUAUUCCCAAAGUUACCCCCCUACUUAUGCUCCAGAUGAACUUGCCCCACACAGGACGCCUACCUCCCAGGGAGGCCUGCCUCAGGCUUCGGGAGGCCAAGAACACGAAGAUGAAGAUGAUGAAGGUGACAGAAAUACAUUGACUGAACUGGAACAACCCGGUGGGAAAAACCCUCCUAGUGACACUACUGGUCUGUUUGUGAUGGACGAAGAUUCUCCAAGCCAAGAUUAUGAGCCUUUUUUUGAUUCUGAUGUGGAAAGCACUGACGAUGGGAGUCUGAGUGAGGAGGCUCCAGGACAGACAGCUCCUCCACCCCCAAGCCAUCAGUAUGCCAAAUCCCUCCCUGUCUCCGUGCCCAUCUGGGGCUUUAAAGAACAACGCCAAGAGAUGCGAUCCUCUGACGAAGAGAACAGUAAGCAUUCGUCUCCUGACCUCGAGAAGAUUGCUGCCAGCAUGAGAGCUCUGGUGCUGCGGGUUUCAGAUGGCACAGAGAUGUUUGGAGACCUGCCUCGGCCACGCCUGAAUACGAGUGACUUCCAGAAGCUGCAGAGGAAAUAUUAAUAGAUCUGGCCAUUGAUCCUACCACCUCGGCACCAUUUUCCUCCACUACCAAAAAUCGGUAGACAGGGUUCAGAGCUCGUCUCAAGCCAUACUGUUCAAAUUCUGCCCUCCGCUCCUCCAGCCAUUGCUCCCACAAGCUAUAAUUUAAAAUGGGCAACCUCAAUUUCACACUACAGAUGGGCUGGAGGGGUUAUAAUUACCUCCUUUUUUUUCCAAACGGGAAGCCUCCUCCUCUAUGAUUUGAAUACAAAAGUCAGUGUUUCUCAACCAUGGCAACUUUAAGGUGUGAGGACUUCAACUCCCAGAAUUCCCUAGCCAGCUGUGAUUCUGGGAGUUGAAGUCCCCACACUUUAAAGUUGCCAUGGUUGAGAAACACUGACCUUAGCUAUAACAGCCCUUCUGAGAGGGGCUUCUGACACACCAUGACACACAAGACAGGAACACUAGAGACACCCUGACAAAAGUAGCUCUUCCACCAUGCCUUGCCUCUGCCGCGCCAACCCUCUCCAACCGAUCUUUCUUCAACAAGCUAUUGGAAAUUCUCCAUCUCCUUUUUUUUUUCUCCCCAAUUAAGUGUCUUAAAGGAAGAUCCUUUGCACACGAAGUGGGCUUGUUUAUACUUUGGUUUAAAUUAACCAUCCCUUUGAGGAACAGUGAAUGGAAGGAGGGUUCUAUGCCAUUUUGCUGUUCUUCAUUUUCUUUUCUCCCACAUGUAAAUCUCUCCCCAUUUCCAGGAGUAGAAUUUCAGGGUCCUUUUUACUUUCGGGGAGGUUGGUGCAAAUGUGUCCUUCCACCCUGUGGCAGGUGGGAUGCGAAAGAGGGUCUAGGGGCUGUGUACAGCCUCGGACUGAUCCCACUCCAACCCAGCCUACUUUUGUAUCAGAUUUUCAAGAGCCAUUUCUGGCUCAAGCCCUCUAUUUUUGUCCAAAGACGAUUGGCGAAUUGGAAGAGAGAGGAUAUUUUGUUCUCCUUCCUGCCAACCUAUAAGCCAAUAAAAAUAAUAAUAAUAAAGUUGUCUUUUACCAACUC